UUCUCUUUAUACGUUUAUACUUUACAGUUAAUGGAGACAACUAGUGCACCAACAACACCACAGCGUGUUAAGACUCACCAUAAAUCCCAAUACGAUUCAGAAAACCUUUCUUCUGCCAAAGGACUUCUCGACAGUAGUCCCAUAACGUCGAAAGUGUAUUAUAGAAAUGAAACACCAUUGACGCCUAUUCGGACACCACUCAAAGACAGCAACAAUCUGUCAUCUCCAUCACAAUUUGCAACAUCACCACUUGUCAAGCAAGAGCCGUCCCCUGCUCAAAAUACUCGCAUCCAGAACACAGUCCAAAGCCCUACCACUAUAACCGGCUCGUACAUCGAAAAAGUUACUGUCGGCCGGUGCAGUGCUGCAACACAUCAAGUUGGCCGGCGCAACCGAUUACUUAGUCGCAUUCAUUUAUCCAUCAGCUGGAACGAAGCAUCAUCUCAGUUUGAACUCACUGUUCUUGGGCUGAACGGUCUGAAAGUGGACGAAAAACCCUGCACACAGAAAGAAACAGUUGUUCUUGAAGACGGAUCUAUCAUCGAUAUUGUCGGUGAAGUAGUACAAUUCAACUUCCCACCAAGCGAGCAAGAUGAGCUUUCUCUAGCAGACGACUCCAGCGUCUUUGAUAUCAAGACUCCUCUAUCUCCCGCAAUAUCAGUUGGUCAAGACUCACUUGAAGAGCAGCAACCUAUUUCCAACAACCAUAGCAGCAAUGCGCUUUCUCAGAAAUUAAUGGCUGCUAUGGCCGAGUCAAAAGAAGAAAAGCAAUUAGCAACUAUCCCAGAGGCUGUGGUAGAAAAUACUAAGCCAGCUGAGGAACUUGUCGUGGAGGAAGUAAAUCAAAUAACUACUAUCAAGGAAUCACUUGAUGACGAACAGAAAGAAGAUCCAGUCGAACAUGUGCACGGCGAAAGCGUGCCACUUGAAAUUGCCCCGGUCCAGCACGACGUUAAAGAAGAACAGGUUAAUCGCGAAGGCAGCCAGGAUAUCAAUAUAGAAGUUGCAGAAUCAUCUGAUGCGGAACCUGCUGUUACCGAGUCAGAACAAACUGAUCCAAUGAACGCAGAUGCCAACUAUGCAGAAAUGAUCAUAGAAGCACUUGUAUUCUCACGAAAGUCUUCAAUGCCCAUCAGCGACAUCUACACUCGAAUCAUGACAACGAACCCAGCAUACAAGAUGCAAUCAAGAAAGCUUUGGCUUGAUACCAUCACAUCUGUUCUACAUGAAAAUGAUUUCUUCGGACAGAUUACUCGUAAGGGUAAGACAGCUGAUGGAACUCCUAAAGAAAACUUAUAUUACUACCGGAGUGAUAAAGACCCAGUCGAGUGGCGACAAGCGACCUAUACACAAGUUGGCCGAAGUGCUCGUAAAUGCACUUUGCAAGAUAAACAAUACUUCUGGAAGAUUCCCCCAAAGCUUGGCCGUAACCGCUCUUCAUACGUACCACCACCUGCCGGCAGCAGUGCUACGGAGGGCAAGCGAGGACGUAGUAACAAACAAGAAGACGAUGAAGAAAACGGUAGUGCUAAGCGAAUAAGGAAGAGAAAGGUCAGCGAAGAGGAGGAUGUCGUCACGAAAGAAAACACCACUGAAAAAUAAAAUAGACUGGCGUAGGCUUUUCGUAGGGAUAUAUCGUUUUAUUUUAGUUUUUGCUCGCAACCAACGUUCAACAGUGGCUGCGUUUGCUUUUUGUAUUUGUUUCCUCUCUGUCAUUACAGCAU